AAUAUGGUGACUUUCUCCUUACAACUCAUUCCAUUUCUGAUGCUACUGCUAUUGGGAUUACGGUUGAGAGCUUAACUGCUUCGUGGUCAAUGAGUGUUGAAUACACUACUCUACACAAUAUCUCAUUCAAUGUUGAUAAGUCUAAUUCAUUGUUAGCUGUUGUAGGCCCAGUUGGAUCUGGAAAAUCCACAUUGCUCCAGUGCUUGUUGAAGGAGCUACCAGUUUUAAGUGGUAGAGUAUCAGUGAGAGGAUCAGUAGCAUAUGCUAGUCAAGAGGCGUGUGUGUUCUCAACCAGUCUUAGGGAGAAUAUACUGUUUGGUUUACCAUAUGAAGAGGAAUGGUUUAAGACUGUCGUUUAUGCUUGUGCUCUUGAAAAGGAUAUAUCAUUAUUGGAGAAUGGUGAUAUGACACUAGUGGGAGAGAGAGGAGUGACACUCAGUGGUGGUCAGAAGGCACGAGUCAAUCUAGCAAGAGCUGUCUAUAGAAAGGCUGACAUAUACCUCCUUGACGAUCCUUUGAGUGCUGUAGACUCUGCAGUCAGUAGACAUAUAUUUGAAAAAUGCGUGUGUGGACUUUUGGCUGAGAAAUGUGUGGUGUUAGUGACUCAUCAAACACAAUACCUGGAGCAGUGUCACUCUGUAUUAAGAUUAGUAGAGGGUAAGGCUGUAUCAUCACCCAUACAUGUAAGUGAUGAAAUUAAAGAAAGAAAAGAGUUAGUAGUCAGUGAUGAUGAUGAUGUAUCCAAUGGGAUCCAAGAUGCAGAAAUUGAAUUUGCUAAUGGAGAAUUAUUACUAAACAAUAAUUUACAUGAAUCCAUCAAGGAUGAGAUUUCUUAUUCUAAUAAUACUCCAUCAGAGGAAGAGAGGGCUCAUGGGACAGUAUCAUUGAGGACCUACUAUCAAUAUGGUAAAGCCGGUGGAGGAUACAUAUUCACCCUCUUUGUUUUUGGACUAUUUUUUGUGGCGGAGGGGCUAACACUUGUUGCAGACUGGUGGAUUGCUGACUGGUCAGAAUGUACAGUACAGCGUGAUCUCAACACAUCUACUUGUUUACUAAAUACUAAUGAAAGGAUUCAAGUGUACAGUGGAAUGACUGCUAGCUUUAUCAUACUGUCACUGAUUGAAGGAGUUUUGCUCUGUUUUUUGCUUGUAAGAUCAUCACAAGUUCUUCACAAUAGAAUGUUCUCUCACGUACUAAGAGCUCCAAUAGUCUUUUUUGACACUAACCCAAUUGGUCGUGUAUUAAAUCGAUUUUCUAAAGAUGUGGGAUUUAUGGACGAUAUUUUAGUGAAUAAGCUAUACAAUUUUAUAUUUUACACCUCUAGGAUACCAGGAAUUUUUCUAAUUGCGAUUGUUGCUAACUAUUACCUCAUCGUCCUGAUGUUGAUACUCUCUAUUGCUUUUAUAGCCAUUAGAUGGUACUAUAUUAAGACUGCUAGAGAUAUAAAGAGACUAGAAGCAAUUGCACGUAGUCCAAUCUAUUCUCAUUUAUCAAUGACACUCCAAGGACUCUCAACCAUUCGUUCUUAUUCAAUGCAAUCAGUGAUGAUGGAGAGAAUGCACCAAUAUCAGGACACACAUACUCAAGCCUGGUAUCUCUUCCUAGUCACAUCAAGGUGGUUUUCAAUGCGUCUUGACUGCUUUAUCUUUCUCUUCAUAACUGCUAUUGUCUUGUCAUCAAUUACUCUUGCACAAAUUUUUAAUGCUGCCCUUAUUUCGUUGUCAUUAACAUAUGCUAUUGCAUUGAUGGAUGAUUUUGCCUUCUACAUGAGAUCCAGCACAGAAGUAGAGAACUUGAUGGUAUCCCCAGAGAGGGUUAUUGCUUAUGGCAGAUUAGAAGUUGAGGCAUCAUUGGAGACUCUUCCUGAGUCUAAGCCACCACCAAACUGGCCUGAUAAAGGAAAUAUUAUAUUCAAUGAUAUUUGUUAUAGUCAUUCAGUAGAUGGCCCACAAGUGCUGAGUAAUAUAUCAUGUCUUGUAUCUAGCAGGAAUAAAGUCGGUAUUGUGGGUAGAACUGGUGCUGGAAAGACAUCACUGAUAUCAGCAUUGUUUAGAUUAGCUGAACCAACUGGUGGUAGCAUUAUUAUUGAUGGAAUUAAUGCUAAUGCACUAGGACUACAUGAUCUUAGGAAGAAUAUAUCAAUUAUACCUCAAGAUCCAGUAUUGUUUGGUGGGCCAAUUAGGUACAAUCUUGAUCCUUUUCAAGUGUACAAUGACACUGACGUAUGGAGAGCAUUAGAACAAGUUCAGUUAAAAUCAGUAGUUGAAGGAUUGGAUGAUGGUCUAUUGUCAGUCAUAACUGAAGGAGGUAGCAACUUUAGUGUUGGUCAGAGACAGCUCUUUUGUCUUGCAAGAGCUCUCCUGAGAAACAAUCCAAUUUUAGUAUUAGAUGAAGCUACGGCUAAUGUAGACAUGAAAACUGAUGGUAUCAUUCAAGAAGUGAUUCGUGAGCAGUUUAGUGAAUGCACUGUACUGACUGUUGCCCAUCGACUAAACACUGUAAUGGACUAUGAUAAGAUCAUGGUACUGGAUAAAGGAGAAUUAGUGGAGUAUGAUGAACCUCAUUUGUUGCUUUGUCAGUCGUCAUCUUACCUUGGACAAUUAGUUGAUCAAACAGGACCAAUCAAUGCUAAGAAGCUAAGAGACAUAGCUCUAUUGAAUCAUCGGCGAAAAUGUGUAAAUUAAUGAGCUAUACCCUUUUUAACUGUGCCAUGUUUUAGUGUAACUGUAUUAAUAAUAUUGGCUUAUUUAUUCUUGUGUAAACAUAAAGCACUUGUGAAUCUCA